AUGAUAGGGGAGGGCCGUGACGAGGCUGUUCGCCUCUAUGUUCCCCCAUUACUUGAUGAUGAGGAGAAUCUCAUCAAUCCCGACGCUUCCGAGGAUUUCCCGCCGCCUGAUGUCGAAGCCGGCAGCGCCCUACCUAUCUGGCUACAAGAGUCGUCCAAAUCUUUUCGCUGGGGCUGGGUGCCACUGCCGCUCAGGAAGGCAGGACGUGCGACUGUGAAUUGGAUCAAGGGACCUGACCCCCCACAUAUGCUUUUACUGAAGCCGCUGUUCCCGCGUCUACAAGAACUGCCAGUACAAUACCUCGAACACUUUUUUCCGAAGCACAGACAGAAACUGGCGCUUCUGCUGCUGCUAUACACAUCAUGGUUUCUGCCCUGGUUCCUGGUUCUCUUACACUCGCGCUCCUCGGGAUAUAUUGAAGGCUACGGCCAGCUACAGACACUCUCAUGCUCCACAAAUUUCUGGGCGUUUGACAACGGAUGUGGUCUCAACGGAAACGACUGCCGCCCCUUCUCAGCCUCGACUGUGGCUUUCCGGUGUCCCGCAAACUGCCGCGAUACUAAGCUGCUAGAACCGCAUGUUGUUGGAAACCAAACCUUCAACUACCAAGGCCUCGUCAUUGGUGGUCCCCUGCCGGGAUCUGACGAUCAUGCGAUCUACCGUGCUGACAGUUUCGUCUGUCAAGCUGCUAUUCAUGCGGGAGUCAUCUCGAACGAUGGCGGCUGCGGUGUCGCGAAGCUCGAAGGUGCAGCGCACUCCUUCCCGUCCGUGAAACAGAAUGGGAUUCGAUCAGAGGAGUUCCCAUCGACAUUCCCGAAGUCUUUCAGCUUCCCCCAGCUUUCCUCUUCUCAGUCAAACUGCCCAGCCGAUCCGCGCUGGUCGCUUCUCGGAGUGACUGCUGCGGCUGUCGGAUUACUGUGGCUCUUCUGCACUUCGCCGCCUGUUCUUUUCUUCAGUACAUUCUUCAUGGUCUUCUGCCAUACAGGCUUGGUUGCCGACCCGCCAUCGUAUCCUUACCUGUCUGACCUUGUCUCUACGCUGCUUUCUCGGUUGUUGCCCGCAUCGUUUGUGAUUUAUGUUCUAUACAAGUUCUGUGCAUCUCCACUUCUCCAGCCGAUCAGGUCACCCAUAUAUCAGCUGGAGAAGCUACUUUUAUUCCUCCCGAUGCUUUUUAUCGGAGCCUUGAACAACUACACGUUUGCACGAUUGAUACCCCUUCAGCGUUUGACGCCAAUGGAUAUCCAGCAACAGCCUGGUGCAAAAUUGGCUCUUGCAUUGGUCGUUCCAACUGUGCUUACUAUCGUUCUUAGCCAAGCAUGGCAGAUUCGGCAGGGUGGUCUCCUUCCGCGCUACCUCAAGAUUUACUGCACCAUGGGGCUGAUCAUUCUGAUUUUGCUCCCACUGCCCGGUCUGCGGCUUCGAAUCCAUCAUUAUAUCCUCGCCAUUCUGCUGAUGCCAGGCACCGCCUUUCCUACUCGCCCCUCACUGGCAUACCAGGGGUUGCUCCUUGGUCUCUUCAUCAACGGUGUUGCGCGCUGGGGAUUCGCUUCCAUCAUUGAGACCCCCGCUGCUUUGGGUGAGCUGGCUCCGGGACGUGGAUCUCACGGAUGGUGGGGCUCCACAUAUCCAAACGUCACUGCCUCGUCCGUUCAGAUCGCAUUACCCGAGCCAGGCUCCAGUUUCACGCACCGUGGCAAUGGCAACAUCACUUUUGCCCUGUGGGAACACGAGCGAAUGACCGAGCUCGACGUGGACGGAGUCUCGGUGCUGCUCAAUGACGUAGAACGCUGGCGCGGCUAUCUUGACGAGGACAAACCUGGCGAAUUUACCUGGCACCGCCAUGGGCACAACGGGCUUGAGCUGAGCAAGACGCCAGUCCUUGAGUCACGCGAGGUUGACAGCCUUGAGCUUGAUUCUCAGUUUAUCUUGCAGGGCUAUAGUGAUUCGGGCGAGGAUGGUGAACCCGAGGCGCUCUUUUUCCGCUUCGCCUUCUUGCGCGGUGCUGAGGCCGGCACUUACGGCCCUGCUGGCGUUUGGAGGAGCGACGGGACGUGGGUUCCACCAGCUUCCCCUAAACGAUAG